GAUCAUAGCUCACCCCUGCUCUUCACUUUGCCUUUAUAUAACAAAUCUCUGAUCCUUAGCCUCUCCGCUCAGAGCCUCAGGCGAUUUCCUGUUCGCCCUAGGGGGGUAGGAAGGGCGAGCAAUUACGAAAAAGCUGCCUCCUUUGCGAACAGGAAAGUCAAAAUGGAGCAAAAUGAGACAGGAUGCCAAGUUCCUCCAGAUGCUCCCAUGCUUUGCGUCAAUAACUGCGGAUUUUUUGGAAGUGCAGCAACCAUGAACCUGUGUUCCAAGUGCCACAAGGACUUGAUGUUGAAGCAACAACAGACUAAACUUGCUGCAUCGUCUAUUGGGAGUAUUGCAAAUGGUGGGUCCGGCAGCCCUGGGAAGGAGCCUGAUUCUGCCAUAACAACUGUUCAUGUAGAUGCUGGUUCAUCAGAUUCCAUGAUUGUUUCAAUGCAAGCGUCUCAUGAAUCAUUACUAAAUGAGAAUAAUGUGAUAGUUAAAGAAGUUCCACCAAACAGGUGCAGCGCUUGCAGGAAGCGUGUUGGCUUAACUGGUUUCAAUUGCCGAUGUGGUAACCUCUUCUGUGCAGUUCAUCGCUACUCUGACAAACAUGACUGCCCCUUCGACUAUCGGUCUGCUGCUCAGGAUGCUAUAGCCAAAGCCAACCCUGUUGUGAAGGCUGAAAAGCUUGAUAAGCUCUAGGAGAGGAGUCUUAUCUUGGACUAAAAACUUCGUAUCAACUGCAGUAUUCUUGUUGGUCAGUUCUCUUGUUAGGUGUCCCUAUAAUUGGUAUAAUGUUUCAAGGUAUGAAAGUUGGGGCAUCUCUCUACCCGGAACAACUUUGUGUUCUUGUUUGUUGGCGAGGAUGUAUCAUUUGGCUUCAGUGUGCAGCAGCAGUAGUACUUGUUUGUUUGUGCUGGUUUGAUGGAUAUUUCAGUGGUUAGUUUUUACUUUUUACUCUUUUACUUUUCUCAACUGGUAUCUGUAUUUUGAUAAACUUACAUGUAGUCAGUUUAUGCAGAAUUCAAAUGACAUAAAUCAUCUAUGAAUGAAUAGUUAUUUACACCUCGUAA